AUGGCAGACCCUGACACGAUCAACGCGAAAUGCUACAACCCGGGUCAUUCCAAUCUAGAAGUAGCAUACCAUCCGCAGAGGCAGGCACAGCCCAGCAGCUUGGGAAAUUUUCCCUCUUAUGCUAGUACGUCCGGGCUAGAACGUGGAGCUGAUGCCUACCCGCAACAACCCCAAGACACAAAACUGCUUGGAUUGUCAGUGCCAGUAUUCUGGACGGUUGUCGUUGGGUUGGUCAUGUUGCUCGCUGGGGCCAUUGGUGGAGGCAUAGGCGGCGGUUUGGCUGCAAGCCAACACUCUUCACAGUCGGAGGCAUCACCACCAUCAUCCUUGUCCAUCUCCGGAUCAAGCAUCUCAUCGACCACGACAACAGCAACAAUCGCUAGUCCACCAUCGCAAUCAGAAUCAGCCUCUCCUCUACUUACGACGACGACAUCGCCAACGACCACCACUGGCACGCAGUCAACCGCCUUCGGUCCUUCGCCCGCUCCAAGCGACAACUGUCCCUCCGUGAACAACACCCAAUACACCCCCCUCGAUGCCUCAGGAAACAGCAUGACCGUAGCGAUUAACCCGGGCGGCCUCACAAAGGUGCAAUCCUUCGUUCGUCUCUGUAACAGGAACUAUCCGGCCGGAGCACCCCACGGCAACCCAGACACUUUGGACAUUAUGAAACUUUACCUGCCUACGCUGGAAGCGUGUAUCGAUGCUUGCGCAACGUACAACAUUGUCUACCAGGAAAACAGGCCGCAAAGAGCGGGAGGAGCACAGGAUGGAACAGAUAUGGGACUGUGCAGGAGUGUUGCUAUAGUAAAAAACGAAGGCGAUUAUUGUUACCUCAAGAACGCAACGGGGAAAGACAACACCUUUGGAAAUCCGGAGAGGUAUUCCGUUGGCGUUUUGCUUCUCUAGAAAUAGACAAGACCUCAUGUGUUCACAAACUAACACUCUGUUGGCACCAUCCUGCCUGCGCGAUCAAUCCCCAACAGUCUGCGUUGGGCAGGUAGCAUUCCAACGGGUCGAGUUGGCAACAAACUUUUGAGAAAACAUUGCUGUUGGGAGAUGCGUUGACUGAUGCGUUCAAAUUGGAUUACAUACCUAGGUAUCAUGGGGCUAUCUGAGAGGCUGCAAUUUGCUCGAAAGACGUACCGACGAGCGGGAGAAUUGGAGAGUAGCUGCAUCAGAGUCAUGCUUGCUUGUUUUUGGCAAAAAGUUUCUCCCGCCCUCAGCAAAUACGACUGGAGGCACC